UUUAUUAAUUUGAAAUUUUUUCACUCUGUGACAAAAUAAAUUCUCCACAAAAAUAUUAAAGAAAACUCUUCUCUCUCUUUAUUAAAUCAAUCUAACUAAAAAGACGGAAAAGUAGAAAAGAGGUGAUUAAUUUCUCCUACUACGCAAAAAAUCAGGGUUUCGAUGCUGGUGAAGAAGUUGCGAAAUUGAGAGAUCUAGAGUUCUGUAACAAUGGUGAUGUCAGAUGAAGAGCUCGAGAAGCAGCUCACUGAAGCUGGAAAUCAGCUUCUCUCUCCUCCAUCUUCGGUCACUGAGUUGCUAUCUUCGCUUGACCGGGUCGAAAGCUUGCUCACCAGAGUGGAGCAGUCACCAUUGGAGUCAAUGAAGAAGGCACUCUCCCCAUCAAUGAAAGCAUUGAUCACCAAUGAGCUUCUGAGACAUUCAGAUAUUGACGUGAAAGUGGGGGUUGCUUCAUGUAUCAGUGAGAUAACCAGAAUUACAGCUCCAGAUGCACCUUAUGAGGAUGACCAAAUGAAGGAGGUGUUUCAAUUGAUUGUAUCAUCAUUUGAGAAGCUGGAUGACAAAUCUAGCCUUUCGUACAUCAAGAGGACCUCCAUCCUGGAGACAGUGGCAAAAGUCAGAUCGUGUGUGGUGAUGCUGGAUCUAGAAUGUGAUGCUCUAAUUGCGGAAAUGUUCCAGCACUUCUUUAAAUCUAUUCGGAGUGAGCACCCUGAAAAUGUUUUUACUUCCAUGGAGACAAUUAUGACCCUUGUAUUGGAAGAGAGUGAGGAUAUAUCAGUAGAUCUUCUGUCUUCUAUCCUAGACGUUCUGAAAACAGAGAACCAGGAUGUCCUGCCUGUUGCUCGCCAGCUUGGAGAGAAAGUGACUGAAAACUGUGCUGUCAAGCUUAAACCUUAUCUGUUACCAGUUAUUAAGUCUCGUGGUACUACUGUAGAUGAUUAUAGUAAGGUUGUGGCAAAGGUUUACCAAACGAGAAGUGAAGCUGUUGAGCCCAGUGAUGCAGAUGCUGCAAGCAAAAUUGUGGUUGAUGAGAAUGACUUGGCCAAUGCACCUUCAGAAAAGGCUGUUGAAGUUGCGUUGGAAACUUUGGACGACGCCCCUCCUUCUGAAGAAGGUGGUCCUGCUGCUGUUGGGUCACCAAAGUCUGUGAUGAGCAAUGGUACGAUACAGAAAGAGAUUGAAGAUAUUUCUGCUGAAAACGAUAAUUCCAAAGAGGAAAACCAUGAGGCCCAUGCUGAAGAAGCAGAACCAAGCAAGACCAAGGAUGACCACUCCGAUGCUGAAGAACUCACUAAGUCACGAAUUAAGCCAGAAAAAGUUAGCAAGCGAAAAGGAAAGAGAACGAGUUCUUUGAAGAUCUCUUCAAAACCUCCUGAAUCUAGUCUUAUGGAUGAUAAGGAGGGAGUGGAGGUACCUGAGCCUCAAGAAAAAGAUGGAAAGGAUGCUGAUAAUGUACAGAGUGAGACUGCUGUAGCUGAUACCUCUGUAGUUGAGACUGCUGUAGCUGAUACCUCUGUAGUUGAGACUGCUGUAGCUGAUACCUCUGUAGUUGAGACUGCUGUAGCUGAUACAGCAGAGCCAGCUGAAAAUGAAAAAGAAUCAGAAGCCCCAGUCCCCUCACCAAAAGCAUCAGACGAUCCUGAUGAUGUUCCUUCCCCUUCUCCCAGUGCUGAUGAAAUUCCUUUAAAAAAGGUCGGACUAAAAAAGAAGAAAGAUGAAUCGGUGGAAAGUGUACCUGCUGGUGAUGUUGAUUCGAAAAAGGAAUCUGAUACCAAUAAGUCCUCUGAAGGAGCUGGUGGUUCGGACAAAUUGUACAAGCGCACAGGGAAGAAGGCACCUCCUGCAACAGAGGAGGAAGACAGUGUACCAAGCUCCGUUGAUGCAUCACUGAAGGAAGAUGAGAAAAGUGAGUUGGACGCGAAAUCAGCGAAGCAGUUGGCCAAGAAGGUCGAAGUUGUUGGUAGCCAGCAUGAAGAGAAGAAAAAACGAGGACAGGGAAAAGUAACUCCAGCCAAGGAUCUUGCAAAAUCUCCAUCCAAGGCUGAGGGAAAGAAGGCUGUUGGUUCAGGGAAGUCGACUGCAAAAUCUGCUAAAGAUGAAAGUGAUGCAGAGAAAGCAUCUAAGUCAAAUUCCAAAAGGAAGCGUUCCGACGAAAAGAAAGCAUCCAAAUAUGGUAAGGAAUAUGUUGGUUCAAGGGUCAUGGUUUGGUGGCCAGAUGACAAAAAGUUUUAUGAAGGUGUUAUCGAGCAUUAUGACCCUACUUCAGGGAAGCAUAAGGUUAUAUAUAAUGAUGGUGAUGUAGAGGUUUUAAAACUUGAGAGGGAAAAGUGGAAGUUGAUUAAAGAUGACCCCGUUCCUGAUCAGGGAAAUUCAAGUGACAGUGAAAGCCUUGAUGAAUCCGCUGAAACGCCAAAAGAUAAGAAAGCUAAGAUGAGUUCAGUCCAAGGGGCUAAACGAGGGAAGACUGAAACCUCGGCUAAAAAGGCCGGAGCAUCAACCAGCAAAUCGACUGCUACACCCAAGUCUCGGACUAAGCAAAAGGAUGCUGGUAAGGUGGAUGGCAAAGCGAAGGAAGAAACUUUGAAGAGUAUUAGUAAAUCUAGUGAGGAUAAAAGUGGAAAAUCCAAAGAUUCAAAAUCCGGCAACAAGACAUCUGACAAGACCCCUAAAUCAGCUGGGAAGUCCAAAGACACUGAUGUGGACACAUCCAAAGGGAGCAACAAGUCGAAGCAAGAGACACCUAAAGGUGGUUCAAAGUCCAAGGCUAAAUCGUCAAAGAGUGGCAGUAAAUCUAAUAAUAAUAAUAUCAACAGCAGCAGCAAAGUGAAAGCUGCUUCUCCAGCAGAGGAAGAGGAUAGUGAAGACAUGGAAUUAUCACCGGAACCAGCAAAAACACCUGAAAGUUCAAAGGGAAAGUCUCAAAAUAGUGCAUCAAAGAGUGGAUCGAAGUCCAAAAAGAGUGCUAAAAAGAGAAAAAGAAGCACAAGAUGAGAAAGAUAACUGCUGUUCAUAGGCCACACAUUUGUCCAUCCAUCUAUUGGUUAUCACUAAGCAAUCCGUGGCUACUAUUUGUGUUAUCACAACAGCAGCUCUACAGUUGCUUUUUUAGGAUUAGGAAUCUUGUGUAGAAGUUGGUUUUGGUUGUUUGAGGGUUUAGUAGAAUUAGACUUUGGGGGAUUAACUUUUGUCUAGAUAUUGUUUUCAAUAGUUUAGAUGUAGAUUCAUGCUCUGUUAAAUUGCAUUCUAUUUAUCCAACCUACAUAUUUGCAUGACCA